AUGUUUAAGCUCACAUUAGUGGUGCUUGCAUUUAUAUAUUAUACUACCUGGCUUCUACUGCCGGUAUUUAACUUAGAUGGCGCUUGUUUAUUGUUCCCUAUUCCGUCAAAAUAUGCAGUUCUGCUACCGAUUAUAUUAUUACUCUUUGGAGUGCUUCUGGUUGGUACGUUCAUUGGAGUUUUAUUAAUGGGCGGUUAA